CAGCGAGUUCGUCGCCCACCGACGCCGCCCGGGCUCGGCGUGCCGGUGUCGGCUGGGAGGGAAGGGGCUGCACCCGCCGAAGGGCCGGGAGAGGAGGAGGCUUUCCCCCGGCGCUCGGUGCUCCCGGGCAUCAGUCGCACCCACCGGGACGCACCGGCUGGAUUUGUGGAGUCGUAAAGGCUCCGGGAUCGCCGGAGUCAGGAGGAGCUGUGGCGUGCUCGGGCAGGCUGCUCCAGGAGGGGACACGGCCAGAUGGGCUGGGAACCCCCCCUGCAGGGAGCCUCUCUCCCGCUGAGCUUGGCAGCAGGAUGGACAGAUCUUCCCCAGGAAUCCCUUCAUUUCUAUUUGCUCCCUGAUUUCUAGAAUCUUCUCCUCUCCCCCCAGAGCCAGAGGGAAGAUGACAUCUCGGCUUCUCUGAGCCAGCAGUGCCCAGGGAGAGCCAUGGAGUACGAGCUGCCCAACGCCACCGCCUUCUGGUUCUCCCCGGCCUCCCCCUUCGACAACUUCUCCCUGGAGGCUCCCACCAACACCUCCCAGAACGCCACGGGCCAGCACUUCGACCUGACCAGCAACGCCAUCCUCACCUUCAUCUACUUCGUGGUGUGCAUCGUCGGGCUGUGCGGCAACACGCUGGUCAUCUACGUCAUCCUGCGCUACGCCAAGAUGAAAACCAUCACCAACAUCUACAUCCUCAACCUGGCCAUCGCCGACGAGCUCUUCAUGCUCGGCCUGCCCUUCCUGGCCAUGCAGGUGGCCCUGGUGCACUGGCCCUUCGGCAAAGCCCUCUGCAGGAUCGUCAUGACCGUGGAUGGCAUCAACCAGUUCACCAGCAUCUUCUGCCUGACGGUGAUGAGCGUCGACCGGUACCUGGCCGUGGUCCAUCCCAUCAAAUCUGCCAAGUGGAGGCGGCCCAGGACAGCCAAAAUGAUCAACGUGGCCGUCUGGGGCGUCUCCCUGCUGGUGAUCAUGCCCAUCAUGAUUUAUGCCGGGGUGCAGCACAACCACGGCAGGAGUAGCUGCACCAUCAUCUGGCCGGGAGAGUCGGGCGCCUGGUACACGGGGUUCAUCAUCUACGCCUUCAUCCUGGGCUUCCUGGUGCCUCUCACCAUCAUCUGCCUUUGCUACCUGUUCAUCAUCAUCAAAGUCAAGUCCUCGGGCAUCAGGGUGGGCUCCUCCAAGAGGAAAAAGUCCGAGAAGAAAGUCACCAGGAUGGUGUCCAUCGUGGUGGCCGUCUUCAUCUUCUGCUGGCUCCCCUUCUACAUCUUCAACGUCUCCUCCGUGUCCGUCAUGAUCGUGCCCACGCCCGUCCUCAAGGGCAUGUUCGACUUCGUGGUGGUGCUGAGCUACGCCAACAGCUGUGCCAACCCCAUCCUCUACGCCUUCCUGUCCGACAACUUCAAGAAGAGCUUUCAGAACGUCCUGUGCCUGGUGAAGGUCAGCGGCAUGGACGAGGCCGACCGCAGCGACAGCAAGCAGGACAAAUCCCGCCUCAAUGAGACCACGGAAACGCAGAGGACCCUGCUCAACGGCGACCUGCAGACGAGCAUCUGAGGGGACAGCGGGGCGGGUUUGUCCUGCCCGCACCCCUCCCCGGCUGCAGCAGGGGGUGGCACCGCGGGGUCAGGGCAGGAAUGCCACCUGAGGGGACGGCUGCGAGCGCCCGAUGGCCUCGGGGCUCCUCUGCUGGGCUCCUCUCUGCUGGGUUGGCUUUCGAGCGCUGGGAAGGAUACGGGUCAGGAGGAGCCGCCUCGCCAGGAAAACAAAGACAACUCACGGCGACACCAAAGUGCCACCGUGGGCACAGGUACGGCCGGGGUCCCCCGUGCCACCCUCGGGGCCGGCUGGCUUUGGGGCUCUGCACCUGGACACACCGGAGGACCUCAGGAGGAGCCGAAGCCACAGGCAUGUGACAGCACGGGGACGCACCCACCUGGUGGGAGCUGCUGGCGGGUGUCCCUCCCGAGGCGACCAGGAUGUUUGGGAUUGCGUUUUCCCGGGUUUCUCCUUGCUCCGCCGCAUGUCCUGUCGCUUCCCCGCGCUGUGCUCCUGUCGCAGCCCUCUGCCCAGAGGGGACACGCCAGCACGGAGGGGACACGCCAGCACGGAGGUGACAUCCCCGCGGGAAGCAGCUGUGCCCCCGCAGCAGCCCCUCUGACGCCGCCCUGCCGUGUCCCCCUGCAGCGGAGCCCUUUCCCUGGCCCUGCCGCAGAUUUUCCGCACGGAUGGAGAAUUUCCCUCUUUGCCCUCCCCGGUGGCCGCUGCCCCUCCCUCCCUCC